GACCCCGCUCACGUCCUGCUGUGAUGUCACAGGACCUUGGACAUUCCAGGGUAUCCUGGAGACCAAGGUCUUCAGGGCAUGGUCUUCCUCCUUCAGCCGGAGGGAACAUGGCAGGAGACAGAGGAGUGACCUUGUUUGUCCUGCUGCUGUCCUGCUGGCACCACACGGAGCCCCAGCCCAUCAACACGACUUCAGGUACAGUCACAGGUCCAACCACUGAAAUGCCACCCAGCUCAAAAGAUCAGGAGGAUAUACCUGGAAUAUUUGAUGAAAUUCUAGUCCAAGAGAUGUUGAAUCCAAAUAAGUCAUCAGUGGCUGGAAAGCACAUGACAGCAUCAACAUUGUCAACAAAGUUGUUCAACGAUAAAAAUGACAGCAUGAAUGAGAAUUUUGAAGUUGGUGGCACUCAGAAUUAUCAUGGACUCUCCGAAAAUUCACAAUUCUCUAUUGGCAGUGAGGACAAAAUUUUCAAUAAUGAACCCAUUACUGACCAGAGUUACCAACUCGGCAAUCCUGAGGGUUACAGUGAAUCACAGUUCUCUUCUGGCGGAAAGAAUUUUAAAAAUGAUCAAUAUAAAAAAACAGUUCUGGACAAAAUCCUUCAAAACAUUGGAAAAUCUUCAGGGAGCUCUUCCCAGUAAGUGGAAGAGGAGGGUGAAGCUCCGAGGAGACGCAGAGGACGGUCAUCAAGGCCACCUGCCCCGAGGGAGCCCCCUAAGCAGGAAACUCCAGACUUCGUGAGACCCCACAGCCCCACCCUCAGGAAUAAAGAGCAUAUGUGUGCACAUACUGUUA